UAAACUUCCAGGAGAGCUAUCACACUUGCUCUUCAGAAAGCUUGAGGUCAGAAGCUCCAACCGAGAGGAAGGCUGCAAGAGCCACAGUGUGUGCAAGGGCUUUCAGGCCUCUGUUCCUUGAGGGGUAACUGUUCCUUGAGGGGUAACUGUUCCUUGGCUGAGUGGAAUGUUCCAGUACUUGUUUUUCUGUAUCUGCUUCAUCAUCCAGUUGCAGCCAGUGUCUUCGAUGGCCCUGGACCCCUGCUCUGCCUACAUCAGCCUGAACGAGCCCUGGAGGAACACGGAUCAUCAGAUAAACGGUUCCCAUGGCCAGCCAACCUGCGACAGUCAAAUUGACGGGGAAUGGUAUCGCUUCACUGGCAUGGCUGGUGAUGCCAUGCCUACCUUCUGCAUCCCGGAGAACCACUGCGGCACCCAUGCUCCCAUCUGGCUGAACGGCAGCCACCCGCGAGAGUCAGAUGGCAUCGUCCCACGCCAGGCCUGUGCCAGCUUCAAUGGGAACUGCUGCCUUUGGAAUACCACCAUUGACGUCAAGGCCUGUCCGGGGGGGUACUACGUGUAUCACUUAACCAAGCCCAGCGUUUGUUUCCACGCGUACUGUGGGCAUUUUUAUGACAUCUGUGAUGUGGUGGAUUGCCAGGGCUCCUGCCUGGACAGUGACUGCACGUGUUCCCCGGGGACAACACUAGGACCUGAUGGACAGACGUGUCUUGAUGAAAAUGAAUGUGAGCAGAACAACGGAGGCUGCAGUGAAUUUUGUGUUAACCUGAAGAAUUCCUACCGCUGCGAGUGCGGGAUCGGGCGCACGCUGGGAAGUGACGGGAAAACCUGUGAAGAAAUAGAAGGCUGUCACAAUAACAAUGGAGGCUGCAGCCAUACCUGUAUUGAAGUGGAAGACACAUACCAAUGUGAAUGUCCAAGGGGACUUGUUCUGUCAGAAGACAACCACACUUGCCAAGUUCCAGUGCUCUGCAAGUCCAGCUCUAUUGAGGUGAGCAUCCCAAAGGACCUGGUUGGAGGCCUGGACCUUUCCCUCAUCAACACUUCCUGCAAAGGAGUAUCCAAUGGCACUCACGUCAACAUCCAUUUCUCCUUGAAGUCCUGUGGCACUGUUGUAGACGUAAUAAAUGAUAAAAUCAUUGCCACCAAUCUGGUGACCGGCUUGCCAAAGCAGACUCCAGGAAGCAAUGGAGACAUCAUUGUCCGCACCAGCAAGCUGCUGAUCCCAGUGACCUGUGAGUUCCCCCGCCGGUACACCAUCUCCGAAGGUUACGUACCCAACCUCAAGAACUCACCCUUAGAAAUCAUAAGCCGCAACCAGGGCAUCUUCCCCUUCACUCUUGAGAUCUUCAAAGACAAAGACUUCGAUGAACCCUACAGGGGUGCUCUUCCCACCCUCAAGCUUCGGGACUCUCUGUACUUUGGGAUUGAACCCUUGGUACAUGUCAAUGGACUAGAGACACUUGUAGAGAGCUGCUUUGCCACUCCCACCUCAAAAAUCGAUGAGAUCCUCAAGUACUACCUGAUUCAAGAUGGCUGCGUUUCUGAUGAUUCAGUGAAACAGUACACGUCAAAGGACCAUCUUGCCAAGCAUUUCCAGGUUCCUGUGUUCAAGUUUGUGGGCAAAGACAACAAGGAGGUGUUCUUGCAUUGCCGCAUCCUGGUGUGCGGGGCACUGGACGAGAGCUCUCGCUGUGCCCAGGGCUGCCGGAGACGGGUGCGCAGGUUGGCAGCGAUGGAGAAGGAAGAGGAAGAGGAGGAGGAAGAGUCUGGUCACGUGGCAAACCACAUCCUGACAGGCGGCCCCAUCAGAAUCGACUUUGACGACUAAGACCCACCUACUGGAACACCAUCUCUGCCUGAGACCAACCUUCCUUAUCAGUGCCUUCUUUCAUGGCUCUUUGAGAAACAAGAGGUGUUUUGUAAAGCCUCACCUGAACCUCAGGACUUGUUUCCCUAAAUGUGUGAUGACUAUUUGUGAAGUAUGUUGGGCACACGAGGCAGCCUCUGAGGGCAUCCCGGACUGCAGAACAGUUUGGUUUUCACCUGUGUUUCUUCCCAACAAGCCUUCGGUUGAAGGGACCCUAUUGCUUUGCAGACCCAAAAUGUUACCUGACUUUGUCUUUCCCUACAUCCACCUGCAGGCUCUACAGGACUGUUUGUCCUUGACUAAACGAAUGUUAUUCAAGCCCCUCUUCCAUCAGGCAAUACAAAUAGUAUUGUAGCUGAAUAGUGGUUCUGUGAGUGAUGCUGAAGCUUUCGGGUGUGCUGAGAUUUUGAAUGACCGUUAAUAAAAACAUGUAUAAAAAUAUACAUCCCAUAACGCAUAAGUUCCUUUCCUCAGCUAAAGCUCAGAUUUAUCACAGACACAUUUAAAUGUUAUUUUUAAAUAGUAAAAGGUAUUUAAUAAAACUUGAUUUUGUGUGUGUCUUUUAAUAGUUGCAUGCAGCUUAACAGCGUUUCCUCUUGCAUUUAGUGUAGUGUUUCCUCUUGCAUUUAGUGUAUCGUUGUUUUCCUCUCUCUAUAGCACCUUGAUUGUAAGAAAAAGACCAUUAAACAUCUAUAAACACCCAC